UGCUAUAAUUUUUUAAUAAUGAUAUCACCUUUCAGUCGUUAAUUUUUGUAAAGAAUCACAACAAGCCAUGUGGAGAUUCAAACCCUUCGCGCACAAAGUCGGGCUUGAAGGACGUGUUAUUGACAUCUGCAAUUUCAAAGUUUCGGUUCACAAUCUAAUUGCGGAGGGUGAUUUCUCCUGUGUUUAUUUAGCUCGAGAUGCAGUAAAUGGCUUCAAGCAGUAUGCAUUAAAGCACAUAAUAUGUAAUGAUGAAGAGUCACGGGAGCUAGUGGCAGAGGAGAUUUCAGUUAUGAAAACAGUUACAGGCCACCCCAAUGUUGUUACCCUUCUUGCCCACGCUGUCUUUGAUAUGGGUCGCACUAAAGAAGCUUUCCUUCUCAUGGAAUAUUGUGAGAAGUCCUUUGAGAAACCUGAAGAAAUGGGAAUUGAGGAAGACAAUAUAAGGAAACACACAAGAUCUUAUUGUUGCACUUCUCUAUGGGAUCUAUUUCGGAGAGAACUUAUAAACGAGAAGGUUGAUAUAUGGGCAGUUGGGUGUCUCCUUUUCCGCAUAUGUUACUUGAAGCUAGCAUUCGAUGGUGAAUCAAAGCUCCAAAUUCUGAAUGGGAACUAUCGCAUCCAUACAUUGCUGACAAACCUUAUCAGGGAUAUGCUUCAGUCUUCCCCUGACGAUAGACCGGAUAUCACGCAGGUGUGGUUUCGUGUUAAUGAUCUUUUACCAGAUGAACUGCAGAAAUCAGUACCUGAUAGACCUCCGGAAAUGCUACAGCAAAGUACUGAUGCCAUUACAGGCACACCAAAGCCUGUAAACAAGUCUAGCCCAAUGCCUCGUAGGAGUUCUCCUCCUCCCCCCUCAUUUGAAGCACCCCGGAACGUGUCAUCAACCCCAACCAAUUCAAAAAGUGGUGAAAAUGAUGGACCUUUGGGUUUUUUCGAAUUCUGGGCCAUUCUGCACGCAAAAGAUUCAGGAGCAAAGGAAAAAACCAAGCCAAAGUAUGAUGAAGACUCAACUGACCGUAGAUCAUCUUGCCUCUUAUGUAAUUCCACAAAAAGAGCAAGGAAAAUCAGUCUAAACCAUAAUUUCAGUGUAUCUAGUGAUUACCCAUGUAAGGACUUAAAUCUGUUUCCUGAUAGCUUAAACCAUAAUUCUGAAAGACUAAAACCACCCAAAGCAGAAGUUACACCUGCUUUUCAAAAUGAUGUUUUUAAUGCUUUUGUGGGUGAAUUCGACAUUAGUAAACAAAGUCCAAACAAUAGCCAUCAGAAACCAGAGAAAGAAGACAGGUUGGAGGCUGAGGUUGAAAAGCUGAAAGAACAGCUUGCAAAUGUCAAUGCAGAAAAAGCAGAAGUAACCUCCAAAUAUGAAAAGCUCUUAGCAAUUUGUAAGUCGCAACAACAAGAGAUACAAGACCUUAAGCAUGCUCUAGCUACAAGAACUUUAUCACACACCAAACCACUGAAGGAUAAGGUUGAAGGAACAAUCUGGGAACUUGAAGAGAGUUUCUUUAAUCGGAGCUCUCCUAGCCCAGAUUCUAAGCAGUGGCAGGCCUUUGCAGAGGUUCCCAAGACACAAGCCACAGGCCACAGCAACAUAAAUACUUCAAAAUCUGUCAGAACAAGAAACAAGUCGGCUGGUGAACAGACUUUAGGUGCAAAUUCGUGGGGGUUCGAAACUGAUAGUUUCAAGGGGGUCCAUGCUGCUGCAGCUGUAAGAUUAAUGUAUCCUAUUGGUGAAUUGAAUAAUUCUCAGCGCUUUGGUGAAUCAAAGAGCAAAGAGAGUAAGUUGGAUUCCCAGCCUGGUGGAUGGGUUGGUUUCUAGUUAAUUAAAAUGGAAGGAUACGAGAUGUGAGAAAGUGAUACAGACAAUUUAAAAAGAGGAGUUGUCUUGGUGGUUGUUUUCUGGUUUUGAAUUUGUUUUGUAUUAGUAUAUAAUUGCAACAAAGUUGAAUUUGUUCAGCUAGUGGCAUAGGCACUCUGCUUUAGUCCC